AUGGACGUCAAGAAGCGAACGGAAACAGCAGUUGCAGCAGCAGCAGAAGAAGGCGCACGAGUUGCAGACGCAUCUGCUCGAAAACGCAGGAAGCCGCGCCACUCUGCAUGCGACAAGAGCGAAUUUGUGAGUGUGGAAGUGGGUAUGCGGGAGCUAAAGCGACGUCUGGAAGCUGCACCAGAAGACGUUGUUGAAGCUGUUGCUGCUGAUGCUACUUUUGAUUCUGUGGCGAAUGCGGCUCUGGCAACUCGAGUGCAACGUGCAACAAGGGAAGAUAGGGGGCCGGUGUACAAAAAAUCGCGUCGAGUCAAGACGAAGACAGUGCUGGUAAAAAGCGCUGUUCCUAUGGACCGAGAAACGAAUGGCGUAACAUGUAGAGCUGAUGAGGAUGGUGCUGAUGCUGUUGUGUCGAAGAUGACGCUGGCAGAAGUAAAGCAGGAGCUCAAACGUGAGCAAAGAGAGAGGGUGGAGACACGCGUCCAGGCGCUGCAGCAGAGAGCUGAGACGAAGGCUGCUGACUCUUCAUCGACUCCUCGCGCACGGAUUGAUCGAUCGCGUGGUUGUUUGCAACAAGUGCGAGGUAGUGGAGGUAAGCCGCUGGUUGAUGGCAAUCAAGUGAUGGAAGCAACAGCGGCGUCGAUGUUUGUGAUGCCAGAAAACAAUGCAAUACACGCAGUAAGUACCUGUUUGGCAGGCACUGCCACCUGUCUGAUGCCGAUCGAAGCUGGUGCUGUAUCAUCGGUUGAGCCAUUGUGUGAAGAUGAGUUUAUUGCCGAGGACAUGGACGAAGAUGCAGUUUUUGCAAUGGCCCUUGAAGAGGUGGAAAAGAAGCUGACAACGUCUCAAACGUCACCACCGCCUUGUACUAAAGCUGUGAGUUCUACCGACUUGAAGUCCGUAGCACCGCAUAGUCUUCAGGUGCCGACAGCCUCUCCGAUUUCCGUGCAGUCGGCGAUUAUAGAACCACAAGUACAGCAGCAGAGGCAGCCAGAACAGGUUCUUGGAGCUACUCAGCAACAAGCGACAGAGGCCAUGCAGAUAGAAGCGACACCAGAGAUCCUGAAAGAGAUGGAGCACUUGAGGCGCGAGAAUGAGUUCCUCAGGCGGUCCAAUGAGCUCCUUCGAGCCGCUGCUCUUACGUCGCCACUGCCGCAAGCAAACGAUGUUGGAAACGAGCAACCUCGCGCGUCGCCUGAUCAUAUGUAUAGUCAAAACGUUUUGGACUCUUUGCGCGAGGAUACUUCACCCGGUACCGUGCCUCGUAGUUCCACGACUCGAUUCCUCAACUUGACCAGAUGUGAUAACGAACAAGAUAUGGAGCCUAUGGUUCCGUCUUGGGAGACUCACUGCAUUCAGGAACAGGUUCAUGCGACAAACGCUCGUUUGCCAGUGAGGGAAACGUCUCCGUCAAAUGCACAAGGCAAAGACACAAUGUUAAAUCUCAGCAACGAAGAUACGAAUUCAAUAAGGGGCCGGCGCAUGGUCAAAGAUGAAAAGAUAUGUGAGCCCGGGAUAAGUGCAGAACACAAGUCAAAGCUGCCAGGUAGAGCGUCGUCGCAACAUCUCGCGGCGGCGACUGGUCCGUCCACGGCCAUGGAAGACGGGCGCUUGUCUGCAACCGAGUUUGCAUCUGAUCAGGGAAAUGGGACCGCUCAACUAACACGGUCGCAAUCACGGGAGAUGUCCUCAUCAGCUGAGACCGCGCAUGGCCGCUGUGCUCAGGCCACUACUGGAAGCGGUGGUGUCGAUGAACGGGAUGUCAGUAUGCUCAACGUCGACGAAAGAGAUUCUAGAAUCGGCGGAGACGACCGGGACGAAGAAGAACAAGAAGUCAAUGGUGACCGAUCGACUGAGCGGGAGUCCACAGUGGACUGUGGGAGCCACGCAGAGUACAAGGUUCGACGCGAGUAUGACUACGAUACUGCUCAUGCUGCUGACAAGCACACGGAUGAGGUUCGUGAUUUAAAACCAUGUGCUUUGGCGGACAAGAUCGAUACCGCACACGCAUCAGCGACCCACGCCGGCUCGGACUUAUCGGACGCGGUACGAAAUGACAUGCCGCAAUAUGCCUAUAAGCGACAUGCACCAGCGCAUACUGAACACCUCGAGCGAGCUACUGCACCUCACAACGCAGACAGCGAGGGUGGUUCGGUCGAAGAUACAGUGACGUGUAUGGAAUCGAUGGAUCAUCGAGAAGGCGUUGCAUCUGCCCCCGUCUUGUCGGAAGGUGAAUCUGAAACCGAAAGCGAUGAAGAUAUGAAGAAUGACAAUGAUGGUUCGAAUGUAUUAGAAGCCGCUCUGAAAGCAGCAGGAGGCGAUUCGGACCACAGAGAUCGCGCUCAGCCACGUUCUGUGUCGAGGGACCGACAAUUUGUGCCAAAAAACUGCCGAUCGGUAGCCGCAUUGGACUCAUUACCUCUACUACCAGCAAAUAGUAGUGCGAAGAAACUUAAGUCUACGAGUACUUCCUCGGUGAGCACCAAAAAACUGCCGAGUACAACAGGCUCUUUGCUAUGGCCAGCGCUAGACGAUUUUUACGACUUUUUGCUCGACAUGUCACCGAGGAAUAUCCGUGGGUGUUCCGAGCAAAAGAGAGUCCACUUGAAGAAAUACGCUGGCAAGAAGCUGCCGGCUCAGCAUAACUCGGUCGAGGACUAUUGCAGCCUGCAACUCGAGGCUGUCAUGGAAGAGUUGAUGGCUUCAGUAAGCAAUGCAACGAACACGAGAGCUAGCGGAAGAUCAAGUCUAGCCCGUCACUUGUCGCUCACGUCAGUAUCGUCUUGCGACUCACAAAGAGGUUCUGCGGCAAUGAAUGGACUGAGUGUUGCUGCCAUUUUCUCCGAGAGUGGCUAUACUGGGACCACUUCCUGCAGCGACGACUUCGUGCUCACUUUUGAUCUCCCUGCGCAUGGCAAGAAGAAUGCAUCGGACUUUACAAGCGGCGAUUUGUUACUCGUGCGCUCUCCUCGCUGGAAAACCUACAACAUGUGUGUUUUCGGUGUGGUUUUGUGCAUCUCAGCAGGGUCCGUAGGAGGAAAAGGAGGUGCUUCGGGGAGUGACUGCAGAGGCAGUCGAAAAGGCGACAAGAUGUGUGUGCUCAUGCGUGCUCACGCGCGUGAUCAAGGGGAGACAGGAGAUACGUUCAGCGUGUUGACUGAGCUGUGUCUAUCGAAUCAGCGCGCACCGAAUUGGCGAUGGUCGCUCGAACAAGUGCACAAUAUUACCACAAGUGCGCGCGAGUACCAAGCGAUCCGAACCAUUCCGUUCUUUUCCAAGGAUCUGCAACAGUUGCUAUUGCGCGGACGUGUGGAAGUCCCGACUGCUGAGCCUACUUCCGACAACAACGCUGCGGCCUCGUCUUCAGUACUUUCGCCACGAUUGCGGAAGUACCUGCUCGAGCACUAUAAUGACUCACAAGUGCAAGCGAUCGUCGGGUGUUUGCGAGACAAUAGCAGAGUCAUUGUUCAAGGACCGCCAGGCACCGGUAAAUCCAAAACAGUCCUGGGACUUCUCUCUGCUUUGCUGGAUGGUGGUGGGUUACCUUCUGUCGGGAAAGCAAAAGGAACAGCGCGUAUUCGAGUCGGAGCGUCGCUCGAAAGCGCUCAAAAGUCCGCUAUGCCCAAGACAGGAGCUGCGACAUCGAUUCGAAUCCUCGUGGCUGCACCCAGUAAUGGAGCUGUCGACGAGCUGGUUGUCCGGGUCCUUUGUGAAGGCUUGUUCGAUAGUGAGAAGGGGGAGUACUUCCAUCCACGCAUUGUACGCGUCGGUCGCCCCGAAAGUGACCAGCAGCUAUCAAGUGUAGCAGCAGCUGCCCGGGAACGCAGCGACGACAAGGCGAACGGCAAAAAAAAGCGAAAGUACGCGCACGCGGUUGAACAGGUCCUGCUUGACACGCUCGUGACAAAGCAUCGAAGUUCGUUUUCGACCGUGAAGCAGACCCGUCAGGCAGUCAUCAAGAAUGCGCAGAUUGUGUUCUGCACGCUGAGUGGAGCUGGCUCCGCGGCCAUGUGUGAGUUUGCACAAGACUUCGAUGCACUCGUCAUCGAUGAGGCGGCUCAAGCAGUUGAGGCGAGUACGCUGAUCCCGUUCAAGUUCCGUCCACGUCGAGUGGUGCUAGUGGGCGACCAUCGCCAGCUGCCAGCAACGGUGAUUUCGAAACAGCUCGUCUCCAUGGGAUACGACCGGAGUCUGCAGCAGCGCCUUGUGGAGAACAACUCGCCCGUGUUGCUGCUCUCUCAGCAGUACCGAAUGCAUCCUGAAGUCGCUGAAUUUCCAUCGGCCUAUUUCUAUAGUCGACGGCUCGUGCAGGAUGACAACAUGCGCGAAUGGACUGCACAGGACUACCACAGUGACUCGGCUUUCAAGCCGUUGCUGUUUUACGAUGUGCACGGAGCCCAAAGCCAAGUCACCGGAUCCACGUCAUUGCGUAACCUGAACGAGGUCGAAGUUGUGACGCAGCUCGUGCGUCGGCUGCUCGACCGGUUCCCACACAAAGAGUGGAAAAAUCGUAUCGGUGUGAUUGCGCCGUACAAGCAGCAGAUCCACGAGGUGCGCGGUGCGAUCGGGAAACUUGAGGCUGCGUUUGAUUGCCGGCUGGACAUUGAUGUGAACACUGUGGACGGCUUCCAGGGUCGGGAGAAGGAGAUUAUCAUUUACUCGUGCGUCCGUACCAGCUACGGGGGCCGUCGACCGAAAAAGAGGCGGAGACACAAAAACGGCACGGACGACAAUGUCCUCGAUGCUUUCUGGGCCGACGAGCGCCGCAUGAACGUUGCGAUCACUCGCGCCAAGAGCAGUUUGUGGAUUGUCGGGAACUCGACGCUGCUGAAGCAAAGUCGUGCGUGGAAAGCUCUCAUCCAGCACACGAAAGACCACGACCGGUACAUUCGCAACACUGCUGCCUUUUUGGCCUCGACUGGCCGCGACUCGAAGAAAUAG